CACCAAAGGCACCUGUGGCCAGCAGCCUUGCCCUUGCAAGUGCAAGGCCAGCAUGGAGACAGAAAGAUCAGCCUCACACUCAAAAGCAAUUUGUCUUUGAAAAGCCAUCAGAGGUGGAGCGCAGAGUUCCAGAGGCAGGUGUGAUAGACAAGCCUGGUGUGUAUGAGCUCAGCAAGGGACCCACUGGCAUUUCUAGGAUUCAUUUGAUUCCUGGCUUUAUUGACUCAGAACAGGCAGACUGGAUGUUUGAGCAGCUCCUCCAGGACAUCCCCUGGGCUCAGCGAACGCACGUCAGGCAGGAAGUAUCUUUUGAGGAACCACGGCUUACAUGCUGGUAUGGGGAACUUCCUUACACAUACUCCAGAAUAACAAUGCAACCAAAUCCAAAUUGGCAUCCCGUGCUGAGCCUGCUGAAGGAGCGCAUUGAGGCGUUCACUGGCCACUCCUUCAACUCUCUGCUCUGCAACCUGUACCGCAGCGAGAGGGACAGCGUGGACUGGCACAGUGACAGCGAGCCAUCACUGGGGAGAAACCCUGUCAUCGCCUCGCUCAGCCUGGGGGCCACUCGGACCUUUGAGAUGAGGAAAAAACCUUCCCCUGAAGAGGAUGGAGACUAUACUUAUGUGGAAAGAUUUAGAAUCCCACUUGAUCACGGGACUCUGUUGGUGAUGGAGGGAGCCACCCAGGAGGACUGGCAGCAUCGAGUGCCUAAGGAGUAUCAUUCUAGAGAUGAACGAAUAAACUUGACAUUUAGGAUCAUUUAUCCAGAACCUGAUGGAGUUUGGAAGUGAAGAGCCCCUUUGGACAUUAUUGGAUGUACACCCACAGCAGAUCUAGAGCCUUAGAUUGCUGCUGAUUCAAAGGAAGCCUUACAGAAACAGAGUUCCUUGAAGUCAUGGGAAAAAGAGUUGGUAUUAUGAAGACCUUUGGCAAUCAGAAGCUGCCUGUGCUAUGUGGACAGAAAUUAUAUGUUAUUAGAUGAGACUAAAUCACAGGCUUCGAGUUUUUGAGCAGUGAUUAUUCUUAAAAGAGCACAAAGCAGGUGAAAGAUGUGAGAGGUCCCAGCUGGAGCAGACAGAUUCAGUGAGCACAUAGUUUGCACCUUGUCUUGUCUCUCCUUUACUCCCAAGUUGUGAUCUCUGUUGGAAGUAAUGACAAGAUGGGAUUCUGUGAUGUAAAGCCACCUCUGUGUGUCUGUACAGAAAUGGGAAAGCUGCACUUGGGGAUGAUCUCUGGGUAUUAGCUCAUUUCACCAAAGGGUGGUGCACUGCUUGUCAUCUGUAGGUUGCAGAGUCUUUUCCAGUUAAGCAAUCAGUUUCAUAACUUAAAUAACUACUUGAAUUAUACUGGUGUCCAGUGGAACAGAGGGUCAAGGCUCUCUUCUGCCAUGCACUCUGUGGUCAGACUUUGUCCUAACUGUUUAUCCAUGUAGACAGGACAAGGCAAAGGCAGCAACAGAGACAUCUGAUGACCAUGCUUCUGGGUCAGUGCAUUUUGCAUUCAAGAAUAUCACUCUUGAGCCUCUCUUAUCUCUGCUGCCACAGAUCAGCAGUCAGCACCUCAGAGCAGAUUCCAGGCUGACUGCUGGAAUCCUUCAAGCUUGCCUGCUGCAACUCACCUGCUGCUGGGAAGCAGUGGGCUCAUCUCUGCAGUCUGGAUGUUUAGUCAGGAGUGCUGCCCAUGUGAUUAAGUUCUUUCUGCAGCUAAAUAUCAUCCCUGUACAGGAUCAAAUCACAGGUUUGGUCCAUCUUCACUGCCUGCCUGCAGUAGGAUCUAAGCACAGGUGAAUCAUCUAUGCCUUGCAACACGUUAGCUUUGUUAAGCAAGCUAAUGUCCAUUUUCACUGUAAGAUAAAUUGGUGUUGGGAAAAUAUCUGUAUUUUCUUAGCCAGCAUUUGUUGUGGUUUCAGUUCUUAUUUGGUGAGAGCAGUCAAGUUAUUAAUACUUAGUUAUGCCUAUGUUUUAAUGUUAUUGAUGACAUAAAGGACAUAAAUGUUGGGCCAUUUCACUCCCUGUGGUCUGAAACUGGGCAGAAUAAUAUCCUAGAAACAGCUUCUCUACCUAAACCACCAUACAUUAUUCUUCUAAAAUGAUUGAAUGUUACUAGAAAACUUAACUUCAUUAUCUAAUUAUGUCUUUACUUUCAUCCCAAUUUGUACAGAAAUGUUUUUGGAGUAUUUUAAUGUUGUUUUCUUGCAUUUGAAUCUUUUGUCUAGGCUCUAUGAUAUAUUUCAUGGGAAUCAGAGUUGAAGGAGGCAGACACUUUCAUAUUUACUUUCUUUGGGUCAUUGGAGCUUUGUGCACAUCCCUGUGUGUGUGUGUCCAGUUUGGCAGUGCUGACAGAGUGGGUGUCCUUAACCAAGGGACAGUGCUAAUUUGUCAGGUGCUCUGAGAAGGCAACACUUUUGCCGUAUCAAUUCAUACAACUCCAUUUGUUUUCACUGUGUUAAGAGCAGCCAGACUACAAGAAAGAGUAGAAGAUGGGGAUGAGUUGGAAACUUUUAAACCCCCAACCCUCAGCUUGUGGAAAUUGCAACUCAUUUGAAUUCAGUGAAUCUAUGGCAAAUAAGUAAUGGCAAGACCCUGGAGGCUGAUGCUGUUGUGGAAGAGCAGUUUUUCACCUCCUUUUCUUGGUUUCAGUUUGUCAUGUUAGCAAAUUUUGGUUUAGUUUCCUUACUUCCUUUGAUUUGGGAAAAGACCAAGUUUUCCUCUCCAGAAGUGAAGUGAUUUAUAGGAGAAAUGUUCUCUCCCCCAGUGCUCCUUUUGUUGCUGGAGACUGCUGCAUUCUGCUUUCUCUCACGUGUCAGCUUCGCUGUAUCCAGAUCUGUUUGACAGUGAGGAGAAGGCAUAUGGCACCAUUCCCCAGCCUGUGCUGUGUGUACUGGCUGCAAGGGGAGCCCUUGGCCUAGGGGUCAAGUUUCUUUGUCAGCUGGGAGCUUGUGGUCCUUCCUUCCUUCCUUCCUUCCCCCACGUAGCAGCAAAUUGCAGCCCCCUGCCUGCCAGGACAGCAGGAAUGGCUUUGGGCAGAGGAGUUUCCAGCCCAGAGCUCCUCAAGGGACCUUUCUGCAAGGACUUUCCUGGCAGUAGAAAUUUGUUCCAGGGUGCUACAGGCCCUCCUGCCGAGUUCUCAAAAUGGGUGUGCACAAAAGUGAGAUUUGAGAGUUCUUGAGCUGGUGCUGUUCCCUUGACACCUAAAGAUUUUUCACUAGAGACCAGGGCAAUGUGCACGUUUCUUGUGCUGCUGUUCAGCUGUUUCUGCUGUUGCAGUCAAGUGCAAAGGGCAGCAUGUUCAGGAUGGUAAAUAUGCAGUUAGGUUCCAUUCUUUAACUUAAAGAUAGGUGGAGGAACCUUUCCCCUAGAUACAUGGGUUUGAAAACAGUGCUGCUAAAAAUGUCAUCCAAAAGAAUUACUUUCCAGUUUAAAAGCUUGCUUUCUUCCUUCUCAGGACUGUUGUGAGAUUCUCAGCCAGAAACUUUUUGAAAAAUAAUUUAAACUCAGAGUACACUAAAGUAAAAUAUACUUUUUAUAUGUUUACAGAGGAUUUUGUUUUUGUGAUUGGCACCAGAUUCUGUCCAUCUGAGGGGCUGCAGCAGCUCCAGUGAGCUGCUUUGCUUACAGAACACCUCUCUGUCACUAUUUUUAUGUGGAAGAUAAAAACUGUGCAUUUACUUUUUUCCUUUUCUUCAAAAUACAGAAUGGGUUUGGGUUGGAAGGGUCCUUGAAGAUUUCAGCAGAUUAUGUGUCUCUUUCAAAAAAUGCUUAAAAAUUGCAUUCUUCAAAAUUGUUUGACUUUGGCUUUCAAACAGGUGGAAUCUACUAGUAACCCCAGGUAAGAUUCCCUUUUCCAAAACAGCCAUCACCUUUUCCAGAAUGUACUGGCCCUCAGAUUUGAUGAUAAGGAGCAGAUGAAUGGAAUCUGUCUUGGGUAAGGAUGGACAGUAGCCUGCCUUCCUCAGGGAACCUGUAGGAUGGAGCUGUUCUGAAAAAAAACCACAACUGGGUCCAUAUGUAACCAUUCAUUUAUUUAGCAGCUCUAUAAGCAAUGACAUUAUUAAUUAAC